UCUUGAUAAAGGAUUCUUAUUCGGGUCGAGAGCAGACAUGGAGGAGCUGAGCGCCGUAGGAGAGCAAGUUUUUGAUGCGGAAUGCAUUUUAAACAAACGACUGAGAAAGGUAGGAGCUGCGGAAAUAUUUUAACUUUUGCUAAUUCCUUUUCUAGCAUCGUUUAGUGUCAAAAAAGCGUCUUUUUUGCUGGUUUUCUUUCAGGGGAAGUUGGAGUUUCUGGUGAAGUGGAGGGGAUGGUCGUCCAAGUAAGUACAAGUGGUGCUGCUGCCCGGAACAAUGAAAACAACAACAACAACGUGUCGCUUGUUGCUUUUGGUUAGAAAGCUGCUUAAAUAACGCUUUACGGUAAAAUAACCAAAACUAAACUGUUAUGUAAUUUUGAAAAAACGCAUCUCGUUAAAAAAUAGCUCCCAAAUUCUGCCUACGUUUGCCGUCUUUUGUUCAUAACACCUCAAAAUUGAUAAGUUAGGGUUACCCCAAUUAAAAUAAGAUGUAAUAGGUUAAUCUCAUUAUUUUUAAUCCGAAUUUUGGCAGUUAUUGUGAGGGAUUUGGAAAUUUAUUCCCGACUUGAAAUAAGUUUUAUUGUUUAUGACAGGCUAACCAAUCCGUCAUGAAUACCUCUUUGAUUUAUUACUGUCUUAUGUAACAUUUGAUUUGAUAUACAACCACUGACUUUAGAUAUAUCUAACCUAUUAUGUAUGGUUUAUAUUUAACUGCGUAUAAGGCUCCACUCUGCCUUCAUUUCUUUUCCACUUGCCCUUUCUGUUCACUCCACAUUGUUGCUGUAAUCCACCAUCAAUGCACACUGUUGCCUGCCAGCUCCAUGGCUUUCUGUUAGACCCACAUCCUUUGUGUGUGUGUGUGUGUGUGUGUGUGUGUGUGUGUGUGUGUGUGUGUGUGUGUGUGUGCAGGGAAAGGGUGGGGGUUGAUUUUUUUUUUUUUCCACUGGGGACCUCUGAUCAGAAUAGGCUAUUCAACAACAAGUGAUGGAGAGGAAGACUAUUACACAUGCAUGUUUAGAUCAAGUCAAGACAAAUUGGGCUUUCUUUCCAACAAGGCGAGGCUUAUUUGCCCUAUAUUUACAUCGGUUAGUAAGAAGGUUCUUGUGCACAGUCCAGGGAAAUAUAGCAAAUGCUUUGAAUUAGAAUUUUUGGAAAAAAAGUUAACGUAUCUGUAAAAUCUGGCUGGUGUUUUGGGGGUGGGAAGUGCUGCAUGAAUACUUCAAACAUGCAGUUUCUAUGCCGUUGUGAAGCUCUUUCAAGUAACAUCUGUCUUGGUGAACAUGCAAGCUAGAGGUUGUUGACCUUAGAGUGGAAGUGGUGAUUUUUAGUUGCAAGGUUGUUAAGUUGACGUAAGCCAGGCAACCAAGAUUUAGGUCUUCCCUCUCAGCUGUUUUUUUGUCGUUUUUAAAUUGAGGGGUCUUUUUGGUAAGUUUUUUUAGAUGGCUAACAAAAUGGAGACAUUGAGAAAGUGCGCUGUUUUGUUUUAGCUUCUCUGUCAACACAUCUUUCCAGCUUGGUUUGUGUUUUUUUUCCCACUAGUUUUCUCACUCUUUCCCACCCACAACAUAAUCCAAUUCCACUGAAAGUACUCUGUCAUUUCUGUUGUCAUUUAUAGGAUCCAAACCAGGGAAAGAGGUCGUCCGUUGCUUGUUAGCACAGGGAAGCUGCAAGAUUUAUUAACUGAGUUGUAUCCUACGACUUUCACAAAAAAAAAAAUCCAAUAUGGUGCGUCCCUAACAUAGCAUAUCAAAUCAAAAACUGCUUACUGACUAGAUUAAAAUACCCAUUCAGUUAUUUUUGAUAAUGAAUAUAGUUUGAUACUCUUUCUGGCAUAAAUCAGUCCUGUUCUGAAAUCUAAAGAAUGAAAUAAUGAGCGUAAUUUUGGUAGAAUUGCAUUUUCUCAAACUCUAAAAAUGACAAUAACAUAAUAUCCACUAACCUGAUCUGUUAUUGGCGGUUAAUAAACUGAUAUCGGUAGAUUGAUGUGAGUAGUUAAAAGAAGCUGCAGAAAAAGGUUAUUUUUAAUGCCUCACUGAUGCUCUGUGCUGUGCCAUCCCAAACUCUUCAUAGAUAUUUCCAUGACAUCCCGUGAAUGCCAGAGCUCUUUCAUGACCUCAGAGAGUUUUCAUCUCUAAGAGCAGAAACUGAACCAGGUUUUGGUGGCUGUGGGAGGCGAGCUGUAAAGGGCUGUGUGUGAAGUUUCACCCAUAUUGUCAAAAACCCUCCAAUUAUUUCUGUGGCAGCACCAAAAACUCGGCACUUCUUCCUCUACUCUCUCCCCGCUGUCUUUUAUCCAACCAUUGGAAGCUUUAUUGAGUUCACUUUGGAGGUAGUUAAAAAUAUUUCUGAGUUCUCCUUACAAAGUGUGAUUUUUGGGCAAGUUAAAUGAAGAUGGAGUUAAAAAAAAAUGUCUUAGAAGUUACAUUUUAAUGAUAAAAACAUAACUCUAAUCAUACCUGUCUGCACUCUUUCUCGUACAUCUCAGAGCAGAGACAGUGUCAGUGCAGUGAAGUUUAUCGACUUAAAAAUCUCGAUGAUAGGGGAUACACUGCUCAAAUACUGAUUCCAACUUUAAGACUACAGUGAGCUAUCAGGUUUUAAAUGAGUCAGAUUCUCUCAUUAAAGGAAUUGCUUGUCCAGACAGUGAAUCAAAGGACCUUUUCUGGUAUUUUUCUCUGUUUCAUACCAUCACUUGGAAGUUUCUCAUAUCUUUUCAAUACAUUCAGCACCAUUGACUACCCCAACCUUCUGUUUUUGUUUGGUUGAAUUCUGUGUAUUUUUACUGAUUCUUGAGAAGCUUGAUUAAAAUGGUUGAGUAAUAGCAGAUUGUUACUGCCAUUUUAAGCUGAAUUUGUUGGUGUGACGGGUGUAAAAUUACCUCCAAACUGCCGGCCCUCUAGCUAGCUUCCUACAUGCUCUGUAAGCUCUUUGCCAGGCAAAAUGCACAGAUUUACAUAACCAUGGUUGCCUGAACAGAGAAUAGCCUAAACCUCAGCUAAUAGGAUCUGCCUCCUGGAUCAGCCCAUCAUCAACGUUCGGAGAUCUAGCUUUUAGAAUUACAAUGUGACCACAUUGGAUCCUAAAUAGUUUAUACUGUCACUUUAACACCAACACUUUAAUGGACCAAAGGACCAAUGGUGAUCUUUUGUACCAACAGCCUUUAGACUUUAUAACUCUUGUGUAAAUAGUAGAUAACUUUUGGAGACAUAUUAUGUGAGACAACAGACCAUUGAAUUUCCCUUCAGGGAUUAAUAAAGUUCUUCUUAUUCUUAUUUAUUAUUGAUUAAUUAUGUGGUAUACAUCUUUCUGACUCCAAAUGAAAAGCACUGAAACAGCCUCUUUCUAAAUUUCACACUCAGGUUGCAAUUGGCACAGCGUAAUGUUUGAUGGAUUUUAAAAGGAACUGAAAAUCUUCAAUGGUCAAUAUUAACAUUUAGCUGCGCAGUUGAGCUUGUCUGGCCACCUCUCAUUAUUUUUACAAUCACUGUUGCUUUAUUUCAGACACAACAGCUGGGAGCCCCAAGAAAACAUCCUCGACCCGAGACUGCUGGCAGCAUUCAACAAGAAGUAAGUGUCUUGAUUGAGUCGUGAACAUGUGAUCAAAACUUGAGAUAAACUGCAUAACAAGUAUUUCAUAUCACUUGUUUGUUGAAAUGGAAAAUGAAAUAAAAGAACUAGACUUUUUUGACUCAACUUGAAGUCUUAUCAAACCCUUUUGACCUUAAUUAUACUUAUGAAAUAUCAAACAGACCGAUCACUGUAUGAAGGUUACGGUAACCUCCUGUUUCAUGAUUGGACAUCAGCCAUAAUUUUUGACGUCCAAAAAUUGUUUUCUAACUUUUCAUCUUGAAUGUUUCAACAAUACACUGACUGUUGUUGGAGUUUAUAUCAUUUGUUGGCCUUGGUUUUUAUUUCUACAGGGAGCAAGAAAAAGAGCUUCUGUUGCGUAAGAAAGGAAAAAGGCCCAGAGGACGACCACGGAAAAUUCUGGUGAGUAGACUUUGGUGCAGAGUUUUGUAUUUUUAUGAGAGUAUUCGGUGUCUAAUAUUUGCUCUUUAAUGUAGGAAAAUGUGCCCGAGGUUCCAAAGUCAAGCAGCUCUUCCUCUGGGUCAUCAUCAUCCUCUGAAUCCUCAUCCUCCUGCUCCUCCUCCGACUCUUCAUCAGAUGACGAUGAUGAAGGCGGCCACGUGAAACAGGCGAGUCCAAGCAUCAGAACACGAGACCCCCACCCCGUCCCUCAGAAGAAGGCGCAGAUUGUAGUGGCCAAACAGGAGCCCCCAAAGAAACGAAGCAAGAAACCUGACGUGAAGGAGUUCCCGCAGAGCAAGGGAGCUCGCAAAAUCCUGAAGACGUCCAAAGAUUUGGAUCUUCCAGGAGCGAUUAAGAAACCGGUUCACCUGGCAAGUUUUGCUUUCAUGGGUUUUAAUCGGGGCUCGCCUCGGGAUUCAGUGGGCGGUCAGAACAGGAGCUCUCUAACCCAAGGAGGGGCAGUUAAAAACUCAGUGAGUCCAGUGGUAUCUGGGAGGUCAGUCCAACCUAACUCCCCCUCCAUGAACAAAUCCAUCCAGGGCAGGAACGCCAGCGAAGGUAAACUGUCCGUCUCAAGCAUGAACAGCGGGACGAGCCUGGAUUUGAAAGCAGCUGCGAGUAAAUCAAAAGGAGUCGCAGCUUUGAAUUUGAAUACUUCCAAACAUCCCAUUCAAGGGACCACUCAGCAUACGUUAAGUUCCCCCAACGGACAAAAGAAACCCCAGACCCCCGUGUCAACACUGCAGCGGAUACCUAAUACUAAAGCAAUGGCAUCCCUACCAUCUAAGACCGCCUCAUCCAAUCAAAGCUCUGGACUUCAGCCUCUAAACCUUCAGAACAAACAGGCGCAAAAAAACGAUGCCCCUGGAAACGGAACCGCUCCUGGUUCGGGCUUGAGGAACGCCACAAACCCAGCAAGGAAGACCACCGUCACACAAAACCAGGAGUAUAAUCUCCCAAAGAGCCCAGCAACACCUGGUAGAAUAGCAGCAAGAAAGAACCAGCCUGGAGCGGACAAGGCUUCAGAGGCACCGGAAAUCCAGAACCAGAGAGUCCCAGGCAGGCUGGAAAAAAGCGGCUUGCAGAAACCCUCCACAGAGAUCCAGAGCCAGCAGGAGAGACCGGCCUCCAAAGAUGGUAAGAAAACCAAAAUGAAUGAUAUGAGCACUGGUGAGGACGAAAGCAGCUCAGACUCUGAUCAGGAUUCAACUUACACCGGCACAGGAGCCAUCCAGAGCCAGGACUGGAAGCCCACAAGAAGUCUGAUAGAGCACGUGUUCGUUACGGAUGUCACCGCAAACCUAGUGACGGUCACAGUCAAGGAGUCGCCAACCAGCGUGGGCUUCUUCAGCAUUCGUAACUACUGAAACUACAAACUAGGCUAUUUCACAACAGGGAUGAGGACAAAACUAGAGGAGGAAGGCUAUAUUUUUAUCGCACUUUGAAAAAAAGUCAAAAUGUCCAGAAUACAGUCAAAAAAAUGUUCCACUUUUUACUCAACCCUGUGACUUUAUUUCUUCUAGAUAUUUCUACCUUAACUAGAGCGUUCAAUUUUGAUUUUUCCCUGCAAAGCAACUUCAUUUGCGUGUUUUUUAAGUGAUUUUUUUCAUUGACAUUUUGACUUUAUUAAGAAGAUUACAUUAAGAGUUUUUUUUUUUCUUGAAACUGCAUCAGAGUUGACAAAAUAGUACUUUCUUUCUGAACAAUUUGACUUCAGAGUAGACACCACACUGUUUUGACUUUAUUCAUAAAACCGUAUUUUACUUCUGUUUUAAAUUUUUUUGUCAACAUUUGGAAUUCCAACUAUAUUCAUGAAAUGUUGACGUUUUUGUUGAUAUUCAAACUUCAUUAAUGAAAUAUAUUUUUGAUUAAUUUCUUUAUCAUUACCUUGUUUACAAAAUCAUAUUGUGACUUUGCCCCCGGAGUUCUGACAUAAGUCGCCAAAUUAUAUUUAUACUUUUUUGACAUUUAAACUUUUUUACUAAAUUUUAAUGAAUGUUUUCUACAUAACCCGCUCAACAUUGUCUUGUGUCUCCACCUACUUAACUGACCAAAAAAGUAUUUUGACUGUUUCUCUGGACAUUUGGAUUAUACAAUUUGGACUUGUUAAUGAUAUUGUAUUUUGACUUUUUCUUUGCAUUGUAUCUUUAUUUACAAAACUCUAACAAAACAAAUUGAAUUGAAUGUUUUUUGUUUUUUUUUAAAUGUCAGAAUUUGAACUUUUUUUUUUUUUGUUUGUUUUUUUUUUCAAAAAUUUUCCCAAAAGCUCUUCUUCCUCUUACUUUUCUCUCAUUUUUGGCCCAGAUCCUCCUCUGUCAGAAGUAAAUAGUUUGAGUAUUCCUAAAUCAUGCUUUGGGGAUUUCUGACCGUUUGGUGAAGGACCAGCGAUUAGGUAAAAAUCUUCAACUAAAAAAAAAAAGGAUUAUCAGUUAUUGAUUGUGUUUAUUUAUUUUGCUUAUGUUGAAGCAGUCAAGAAGUUUAAUUACACAUUAAGUUGCAACACUUGUUUCAGUUCAGUGUGUGUUUGGUCCUGCGCGAUCAUCUCAAAGUGACAAACCUAUGCCGUUUCAGCGAGUCCAAAACCAUCACUGGUAUCCUGGAGGAACAUAACUUAUUCAUCAUGUUAAUCUUUUCAGUAUCGAGGUUUAUUAGAAACUGUACAUCCAUUCCUGUUGAGCUUGUGUCUUUCUCUGUUUGUGAAAUGAAUUGAAGAAUCGAUGGAGUGUGGGCAGGUUUAGCGUCCUCUAUCUGUAGCAGACAUUUUAGUUCACAAUUUUUUGAACUCAUAUCACUCAAUAGCUGAUUUAAACCAGUUUUUAAUACUUAGUAUAGAAUUGUUCAUCUAUUUGAUAAAUUAGCUACCUCUUUUUUCCUACAUUUGCUGCAUAUGUAUAUUCAUAUCUUGGGGAUAGGAAGACCUCUCCCUGCGGGGUAUAUAUCACUGUGUCCUUUGAAUAUUUGUCUUUUUAUACAGUUCAAAUUACUGGAAGAGCUUGUUUUAGUAUCAGUCACCUGCCAGAGCAGCAGAUUAUUUAUGUGUCAUAAAAACCCUACUUGAGGUGAAACUGAGACCCAGUCCAUGUGUAUGCAGAUAUUUUUGGAAAUAUAGUUUUUUCUCCGCUCUGUCACCUCCUGUCCAAACGUAAAUAGAGCUUCAGGUCACUGAAAAUUUAGGAAGGUUUAGGAAAAUACCUUCAACACAUCUAUGGACAGGAUGUUUCUUGAAAAACUGAGGAUAAUCUGCCUUAAAAAAUAUCUGUAUACAUGUGGACAUAAUCCAGGCUGAUGCAGCCGCUCACCACCACGGUAAAACAGCCGUUUACCACUUUGCAGCUGGUUUUCUCAGAAGUCAGAGGAGCAUUUGUCGUUAGAUUAAAUGUGGCCCAAGUUCUUACCUCCAGUGGUAAGACAUCUUCUCAGAAUUAAAACUAAAUCAGGAAAACAAAAUACGAGAAUGAGUGCUCAGUUUGACAUACCAUGUCCAAAGUGUCCUAUUAAUAAUAUCCCUCAGUGAAAUGGCCCUGAAGCCGUUGUGGAGAGAGAUUGGGUGUGGACACAGCUUGCCUAUAAACCGUUGGUAUUGUUUGGCGUUGACCACAAACUCUGAAUUACACUGCGUCUGUUGGUGUAUCAAAACAAAGAGUGGAGUUGUGUUUUCCUUGCUGCAGCUGCAAAUGUCUCAACUUGCCCCACCCUGCCCGCCUGCAUGGGUUCAGGAGCUGCAGGCCCAGAGAACAAGGGGGGGAAAAAAAAAGAAAAGGUUUUUAUCUGAUGUAACGGAAAAGAAACCACAACAAUGUGCGCUACUUUCUGUUCCCCCGAGAGGAGUUCGGCAACCAAGCACUUCAACUGAACUCUUCUGUCUGACCCUGCUGUGCAGACUGUGCCUUUCUUCCUCUCAAAGACUAAACACAAAAGGCAUUACCCCAAAGAUAGCUAGAAUUUCAGGUUGUUCAAUAAAAGCAGCGCCCCUGGAGAAAAGCACCGAGACGGACCAUCUCUAUUUACUUGUCUGUGCUGCUCUGAAAAAGGCCCUGCUGGUAGACUAAACACGAAUGCAUGUGAAGGACAAAUAUCCGAUGCCUUAUUCAGACAAUGAGCCUUAAAAGAAAAAGAAGUGGGUCCCAUUUAGGAUUGGUGAGUGAAACAAAAUAAGUGCUUCCUCAUAUUACAGGAGUUGCAGGUUGAAAAAUAAUGCAUGUGCCUGUUUCUGAAAAAUACCAGUAUUGUCUCAAUCAGAAAGUCAUGUAUUUGUUACUAAGACUGCGGACUUUAUUCUAUCUGCUUUUAAUAACUGAUGGAAAGUAUGAACUUGGCAUAAAUUUGUUUCCUGUUUAGUUUUAGAUCUACUAACCCUUGAGAGAAUUUUUCUAUGUCUUUACAAUCUAUUUAUUUCAAAUCAGGAGCCUUUCAGGGUAGGACAGUGUCACCAAUCCUUGUAUUGUGCCACCUGUCGAAUUGACUAAUAAAUGGUACAACCUUU